GAGGGCAGGAGUUGGGCGGGCUUCUUCCCGGGCGAGUCUCUUUCCGCCAUUGCUGUCAUCGUGAGGCGGGAAGAAGGCCGCGGUUGGAGCCGAGAGAUUGAGAGAGAGAGAAGGCGGGAAAACGAGGAUUCCGUGGAGCCACCUCUUGAAUGCAGUAAGGAGAACAGUAUUAUAGGAAUCCUCUAGGAAGGUGGUGAUCUUGCUGAAUCUUUGACCUCACUUAUACGAAAAAGGACAAGUCAAAUACCUGUAUUGCAAUUAUACACUCGUAUCACUCUUGACAUGAAGGAGAAAGCGUAUAAAUGCCUGGAGUGUGGAAAGAGUUUCACGCAGAGGGGUCAUCUGUGGCAACAUGACAAGAUUCACACUGGGAAGAAGCCCUAUAAAUGCCUGGAGUGUGGACAGAGUUUCACUCGGAGUGGAAGUCUACGUACACAUCAAAGGACUCACACUGGGGAAAAACCCUACACAUGCCUGGAGUGUGGAAGAAGCUUCAGUCAUAGUUCAGGUCUGUGUAGACAUCAAAAGACUCACACUGGGGAGAGACCUUAUGAAUGCCUGGAGUGUGGGCAGAGCUUCACUCGGAGUGACAUUCUACAUUCACAUCAAAGGAUUCACACUGGGGAGAAACCUUAUACAUGCCCCGAAUGCGGUCAGAACUUCACUAAGAAUUCGGAUCUAUAUAGUCAUCAGAAGACUCACACUGGGGAGAAACCCUACACAUGCCUGGAGUGUGGAAGAAGCUUCCGUCAUAGUUCAAAUCUGUAUUCACAUCAAAGGACUCACACUGGGGAGAAGCCCUAUGAAUGCCUGGAGUGUGGACAGAGCUUCACUCAGAGUGGACAUCUACGUGUACAUCAAAGGACUCACACUGGGGAGAAACCUUAUACAUGCCUGGAGUGUGGACAGAAGUUCACUGAGAGUUCAGCUAUACGUUCACAUCAAAGGACUCACACUGGGGAGAAACCCUACAAAUGCCUGGAGUGUGGAAAAAGCUUCACUACCAAUUCAGGUCUACGUUCACAUCAGAGGACUCACACUGGGGAGAAACCCUAUAAAUGCCUGGAGUGUGGACAAAGCUUCACUCAGAUUGAAACUCUACGUUCACAUCAAAGGACUCACACUGGGGAGAAGCCCUAUGAAUGCCUGGAGUGUGGACAGAGCUUCACUCAGAGUGGACAUCUACGUAUACAUCAAAGGACUCACACUGGGGAGAAACCCUACAAAUGCCUGGAGUGUGGAAAAAGCUUCACUACCAAUUCAGGUCUACAUUCACAUCAGAGGACUCACACUGGGGAGAAACCCUAUAAAUGCCUGGAGUGCGGACAAAGCUUCGCUCAUAAUCAGCGUCUACGUUCACAUCAGAGGACUCACAGUGGGGAGAAACCUUAUGAAUGCCAUGAAUGUGGACAGAGCUACUCUCGGAUUGAAAGUCUACGUUCACAUCAAAGCACUCACACUGGGAAGAAACCCUAUAAAUGCCUGGAGUGUGGAAAAAGCUUCGCUCAGAGUUCACAUCUACGUUCACAUCAAAGGACUCACACUGGGGAGAAACCCUACAAAUGCCUGGAGUGUGGAAAAAGCUUCGCUCAUAGUUCACGUCUACGUUCACAUCAAAGGACUCACACUGGGGAGAAACCUUAUAAAUGCCUGGAGUGUGAACAGAGCUUCACUCGGCUUGAAAGUCUACAUUCACAUCAGAGGACUCACACUGGGGAGAAACCCUAUGAACGCCUGGAGCAGGGGUCCCCAAACUAAGGCCCGGGGUCCGGAUGCGGCCCUCCAAGGUCAUUGACCCGACCCGUCCUAAACUUUAGACCUAAGUCUACCUGGUCUUUGGAGGUCUCUUUGUUUACUUAUGGCCUUAUGAGAUCGUCUAGAAGGCUUUUGAAGGUCACUUUCCGUACCUAUGGUCUUAUGAGAUCAUCUAGAUGGUCUUUGGAGGUCUCUUUGCUUAGCUAUGGUCUUGUGAGAUCAUCUAGAUCAGGGGUCCCCAAACUCAGGCCCUCCAAGGUCAUUGACCUGGCCCCUGCCCUAAACCUUAGACUUAGGGUUGACCUAAGUCUACCUGGUCUUUGGAGGUCUUUUUGCUUACCUAUGGUCUUAUGAGAUCGUCUAGAUCAGGGGUCCCCAAACUAAGGCCCGGGGGCCGGAUGCGGCCCUCCAGGCUCAUUUACCUGGCCCCCGCCCUCAUUUUUAUAAUAUAAUAUUUUUAUAUCAGUUUUAAUAAUAUAAUAUAUUGUAUAUACAUAUACUAUUGAGAAAAAUAUUAUAAUGUUAUACACUAUAAUACUAAUAAUAAUACCAUGUAAUAAUAUUAAUUAUAUGUUAUAUAUUACAUAUACAGUAAUAUUACAGUAUAGUGGUAUAGUUCAAUAUAGUAAUGUAUAAUGCUAAUAUUGUGCUAUGCUAAUAAUGUAAUAUAUUGUAUGUACAUACAGCUGCUCCGAGUCCCCCUUCGUGGUAAGAAGAGUGGGAUAUAAAUGUAGUAAAUAAAGGUUGUAAAUAAAUAGAUAAUUAAUUUUAGACUUAGGCUAAAGUCUGAAAUGACAGGCACACAACAACAAUCAUAAUUAACUUGACUAUCUCAUUGGCUAGUAACAGGUCCACACUUUCCAUUGAAAUCCUGAUAGGUUUAUGUUGGUUAAAAUUGUUUUCAUUUUUAAAUAUUGCAUUGUUCUUUAAUUGUUAUUGUUGUAUUGCACUACAAAUAACACAUAUGCAUUGUGCAUAGGAAUUUGUUCGUAUUUUUUUUCAAAUGAUAAUUCGGCCCCUCAACAGUCUGAAAGAUUGUGGACCGGCCCUCUGCUUUAAAAGUUUGAGAACCCCUGGUCUAGAUGGUCUUUAAAGGUCUCUUUGCUUAGCUAUGGCCUUAUGAAACCAUCUAGAUGACUUUUAGAGGUCACUUUCCUUACCUAUGGUCCUAUGAGACCAUCUAGAUGGCCUUUGAGGGUCCUUUUCCUUACCUAUGGUUUUAUGAGAUUAUCUAGAUGGCCUUUGGGGACCCCUUUCCUUACCUAUGGUCUUAUGAUCAUCUAGAUCAGGGGUCCCCAAACUAAGGCCCAUGGGCUUCCAAGGUGAUUGACCUGGCCUCUGUCCUAAACUUUAGACUUAGGGUUGACCUAAGUCUGAAAUGACUUGAAGGCACACAACAACAACAAUCUUAAUUUUGGACUAUUUCAUCCUAGUCCGGCCCCCUAACAGUCUGAGGGACUGUGAAUCGGCCCUCCACUUAAAAAGUUUGGGGACCCCUGAUCUAGAUGGUCUUUGGAGGUCCCUUUCCUUACCUAUGGUCUUAUGAGACCAUAGGUAUAUAUAUAAAAGAGUGAUGGAAUCCUGGCGGCCGCCAAAACAACAAAACUAAACACCCCACAACCUCGAAAAUUGACAGCACAACCCAUCAUCCAUGCCUCUAGGUUGAUACAACAAAAAGAAAAGAAAAAUAAAGGCCUAAUUAGAGGGAGAGGAAGAAUUGUUUUAUCCAAUUGCUGCCAGUUAGAAGGCUAAGGGGACAGGCAGAGUUAGGCCUCACUUAGGCCUCUUCCACACUGCCUAUAAGAUACAGAUUAUCUGAUUUGAACUGGAUUAGAUGGCAGUAUAGACUCAAGGCCCUUCCACACAGCUAUAGAACCCAUUUAUAAUCUUAUUUUAUCUGCUCUGAACUGGAUUAUCCUGACUAUAUAUAUAUAUAUAUAUAUAUAUAUAUAUAUAUAUAUAUAUAUACACACACACACACACACACACACACACACACACUAGCUGUGCCUGGCCACGCGUUGCUGUGGCUAGGACUUAAUUUUUCUUUUCUUUUUGUUGUAUGAACGUAGAGGCGUGGAUGAGAGGUUGUGCUGUCAAUUUUCGAGGUUGUGGGGCGUUUAGUUUAGUUGUUUUGUCCGGUGCCGUGAUUCCAUUACCCUUUUAUAUAUAUAGAUAUACAUAUUAUAUAAAUACAUAAUAUUAUUAUAUUAUUAUUGUAGUAUAUUAUUAUAUUAUUCAUUAUUCAUGACUACAUUGAAACUACAAUAGAGAGAAAUCAGCAUGGAAAUUGCAAGAGGUCCCAUAGAUUGUUAUACAGUAGAGUCUCACUUAUCCAACAUAAACGGGCCGUCAGAACGUUGGAUAAGCGAAUAUGUUGGAUAAUAAGGAGGGAUUAAGGAAAAGUAUUAAACAGCAAAUUAAGUUAUGCUUUUACUAAUUAAGCACCAAAACAUCAUGUUAGACGACAAAUUUGACAGAAAAAGUAGUUCAAUACACAGUAAUGCUAUGUAGAAAUUACUGUAUUUACGAACUUGGCACCAAAAUAUCAUGCUGUAUUGAAAACAUUGAUUACAAAAAAGCGUUGGAUAAUCCAGAAUGUUGGAUAAGCGAGUGUUGGAUAAGUGAGACUCUACUGUACAUGGAAAUAAUUGUAGUCAAUAGUUUUUGAUUUAUUAAAUACAGUUAUAUAUUACAAUUAUAUUUUUUUGUUAUAUAAAACUAUAUUGUGAAAUUA